AUGACGACCAAACCAUUCCAAACUGAUGCUUUAAGCCCAUCUGCUCUACCCAGAGCUACUCUAGGUCGUUUUAGAACUCGUACAUCAACGUCAGAAAGCACAGGAGGGGACGAAGAACGGUUAGAUGUUUGGGCGGAAGAAUUGAACAAGAGGGUGGAUAAGGAUAUAAAAGCUUGUUUAAAUGGUUUGAAAGAUGUUGUUGAGGUUGCUGGAGGUAAUACAACCGAACCAACUUUAGACGCAUUAAACCUCAAACAUCGUACUGCUUCCCUCGUCCGGUCUUGUCAACGACUACGAGACGUAGCACAUGAACUGAGAUUGUUGUUACUUCUUGGUGAUGUGGAGAAUCAAGCUUUGGCGCGAGAUAGAGAAAUGGGACGUGUGAGGGAAGAAGUAAAGAUGAGAAGGAAAGAAGUUGCCACAGAAACUGGAAGGUUGGUCAAUCAUGGAAGUACGAUUGAUGAUGAUGAUGAAGAUGGGGUCGAAGAUGGGAGUGACGAUGACGAUAACGGGAGAAAUGUGGAUGAGGAGGAGGAAAGUCCAGGUGAAGACGAAGAUGAAGACAACUCUGGGUCAGGUCAUGAACAUGGAGAAACGAUCCAUGGUCAAGUUGGGGGUAAUGAUGAUGGUGAAGAAGAUGAUGACGACGAAGGAUUAUUCGGUGAAGAAGAAGAUAUGGAAAUGGAUUGA